AACUAUCCUGUAUAUAUAAAUGAGACUCUGUUUAAUCUCCAAAAUAUCACACCAAUCACCAUCAAUACAUCACUCAAGAAGCCAUCUAAAAAAAAACAGGGCAAUCAGUAAGGCAGAGAAAGAGUAAUGGCAGAUUGGGGACCAGUGGUGGUUGCGUUGGUUCUGUUUAUUCUGUUGACGCCAGGACUGCUGUUUCAGCUGCCCGGAAAGAACAGAGUUGUGGAGUUUGGAAGCUUGCAGACCAGUGGGAUGUCAAUAAUAGUCCACACCGUCAUCUACUUCUGCCUCAUCACCAUUUUCCUAAUUGCUGUUGGUGUCCAUAUAUACACCAACUAGCCCUCACUCCUAUGCUGAGAUUUUCAUGUUUCAACUGUCUGCUAUUUUGAUUUGUUAUUUAUUGGUUUGUUGGCAUUCAAAUCCAUUACUUUAAGAUGUUUGACACUCCUAUAAUGUAAUCCUUUAAAGAUGUUUAAUGAUAUUACAAUUUCUAUACUCAGACCACUGAGAAAUACUUGAUCUUUAACAAUCACGUAAUUGCAGCAAAGCAUAAACUACACAGUAAUCACUUGACAACAAGAGAAUGUAUUAACUAACAAACAGCAAAUCACAAACUAUCAUGACAACAAUAAAGAUUUUGCACUCUGCAGAGUGAUGCAAAAUCUAUAGUAUAUCAUCAAAUAUGACAUUGACCUAAAGUUUGUGUUAACAAAUAACACCCUUGGCUAUGGCUAUGUGUUAGGAUCCAACCUCUUAUGUCUUUAUUUAGCUUAUGUUAAACUUUCAAUGUAUUCGUGUAAGUAGUUUAGGCGCUAGAGGAGAUUAUUGUGUUACUGUCAUUUCAGUGUUCACUAGUAUUUCUCCAUGUAAGCAAUAUAAAGCUCUAUAUGGAGCGAUGGUUGAAUGAAUGAAAAAGCUCCUAUUCGGGUUGCCUUGCUUUAA